AAACCCAAGAGAGGCAUUAUGAAAGUGUCCUGUGAAGCAUAUAAGAGCUACUGAAGACUCACACAGCCCUUCUCAUCCUCAUACACACCAGGAACACCGGAAGGAAAACGCAGACUACAUAUAAGAAGAAACCAUAGUUGACAGGUUCUUUCAAAAAAACAAAAAAAGAGCACAAUGAAGUUGAUUUUCAGAGCCUCACUCUUACAUUUGCUCCUGUACUGUGCGACUCACACAGCAUGUGUCAAUAUCGAAUCUGACCCAGUAGUCGACGGUGAGGGUCUUAUACAGGCGGAGUUGAACAACACUGUGUCACUGAAAUGUACCGUUGGUGGAGACACUCUGGACGAUGAAGAGCUGGUGUGGCUCAGAAAUGGUUUGACGGUCAAACUGAACGAAGAGAACAAGAAAGGUGCAAGCAGUGUGUGUGUUUCACCUGUCAUCUAUGACGACAAUGAGGCCACUUUUACUUGUCAACUGAAAAACAAUGCCACAGUUAAGGCCUCUGUCACCCUAAGAGUCACAUAUCCCCCAGAGUUGUCUGGGUCAGAGGAGGUUACAGUAGAAGAGGAGUCAAAGCUCGUCCUGAGCUGUGACAUCUGGGCCAAUCCACCGGUCUCAUCUGUGGUGUGGGCACUAAAUGGAAGCAUGGUGGAUCUAUUAGCAGGCGACUUCGUUGUGACCACGGACGGCUCUAUAAGCCAGCUGAUAGCCAGCAAAGUGGAGAGGAGCUUGCAUGAAGGCACAUAUCAGUGCACAGCAAAUUCUCCCAAAUAUGGAGCAUACAGCAAGACUUUCUACGUCACAGCGGCAGAUAAGACCAUGAAGUUCCCACUGAUGCCCAUGAUUGCAGCAAUUGUGGUGGUGAUCCUCACUGCAAUUCUUGCAAUUGUUUCACGGUGGAGGAAAAUCGCAAAGUGCUUCAAGAAAUAAAGACACCAACACUCCUUUUUUGUGUGCAGGACUACCGAUUUAUGUAACAGAGUUUUUAAUUUUACGUUGUAUUUGACAUUUUUUAAAGGAACGCUUUGACAUUUUGGAAAAUGCAUUUAUGGGCUUUCUUGCUGAGAGUUUGAAGACUGAUCUUAUUCUCAUAUCUGUCUGUUAAAUAUGAAGCUACAACCAGCUGUCUUCAGCACAAAGGCUGGAUUUGAAUGUAAAUAGCUAGCUGGGCUCUGCCCAAAGAGUAAAAUGCAAGCCUCAACAUAAAAACCACCUGCCCAGUAUUGCUUAGGUCUCUCUCCUGCUGUCUGGCUCCUGGACGUUGUAACUUCUGGGUUCUGUAGUUUGUGGGAUGAGGCCUGUUCAGGCUUGCUCAGGUGCAUCCUGCGAAUGCUUGGUCAGAUUGGUUCUUUGUUGUCUUCCUCGAGUCUUUUCUGAGCAGUUUUUGCAGUGUGUCCUACUCUUGGUCUGAAGCAACGUUUAGGUGGGGAAUACGUGUUAAAGCAACAUCCACAUGAAUGCAGGACCCAAGGUUUCCUAGCUGAACUUUACAUAGAGACAAAAUAAUCAGUGGUAUAGACUUGACUUCUAAAUGCAAAAUAUGUUAAUAAGUUUUAAAUGUGUUGGCUGAUUAGCUUUCAGCAGAUCUAUGCUAGCUGUUAUCAGUCUUUGUGCUAUGCUAAGCUAACUACCCAGUGGCGGUGGCUUCAUAUUUACUGUGCAAACAUAUGGUCACUCUUCUGAUGUAACUCUCUGCUGCAAAGCAAAAAAAAAGCAGAUUUUUCCCAAAAUAUCCUUCAAAAUCUGAUCAGAUGUUUUAUGCUACUGGCUAUGUACACAAUAUGCUAUUUAUUUAACCUAUGAUUAUGACAAGAGGAUCUCCUGAGUCUGCAGUAUGACAUUUAGCUUGUUACUUUUUAUUAUGUGAUGCACUUUGACCUUGAUGAUGAAGUGAGUUUUAAUGCUCCAUUUCCUCUUUUCUUGUUAAUAUCUUUGCAAUAAAAUAAACCAAACUGAAAAGUA